AUGCGAACUAGUGCAUCUUACCCUGGUGGAAGGACUGGUCUCGUUGAACCCAAUGAGCUACGCCCGAACAAUGAAUGGCACCGCAUGGAGCUGCCAAACUUGAUAGAGAAGUUUCUAGAGCUUCAUUCAACCCGCUCUAUGAAGCGUUCAGUGGAGGUUCUCUGGAAAGGAUUGACAUAUAAACGAGUCCUUGAGACGGAAUUCAUGGAGAAUCUUGGGUGGAAUAUCUUCACCUCACCCGUCGAAAAUGAAGAGGCACUUGCCAUAUUUGGUAAAGAUCAUAACAAAGAUGAGACUUUCGUUAGGUACACAAUGAAGAGAAAGAAACUCACGGGGCCACUUGUAACUCAAGAUCCUUCGCCCUAUUCAGACGUCUAUAUAUCACCGAGGCAAAGGGAGAGGGAGGAUUAUUUUUAG